AUACAGAAAGAAGAACCAUCAAUGGCUUCUUUUAUUUACCUUCAGAGCUCAGACCCUUCAAGUUUCUAACUUCCUUUGUCUAUCUUUUCUGAUUAGUUCUACUCCUUCCUUUCUGGAUUAAUAAAACCCAGGAUUCCCUCUCUGAGAUCUUUCUUUCUACUACUCUUGUUCUUCAUAAUCAAAGUUGAGGAAAUUGGGUUCUUCGUUUCAUCGAUUGAGGCAGAAAAAAGGGAAAAAGAGAGAAAACGGAAGAGAUUGCAGGUUAAUUGAAUGCAAAAUCUAUUGUAUAAUCGAUUCAAAGAUGGGAAUUUCCACCGUUAAACAACCCAUCACGUAUUGGCUAUCGGAGCAUCCAUCGAUCGUUGGGUUCAGAUGGAGUCAUACCCAGUCAUGGGGAUCUACAUGGUCUUUCCUGUUCACUUCCAUAGCUUUCUAUAUCAUCCUCUCUGUCUUCCUCCACCUCUCCUUGGCCCUAUUCCGGCGGCGCCGCCCCGUACCGCUGGGACCAAUCCCAGCCGUCCAUAGUCUCUCUAUGGCCCUACUAUCUGUUGUCAUAUUCGUCGGAAUCCUCCUCUCCGCCACCGCCGAGAUACGCGACACACGGUGGUUCUGGCGGCGCUCCAAGACCCCUUUCCAGUGGCUUCUCUGUUUCCCAUUGGGAACUCGCCCCAGCGGACGCGUCUUCUUCUGGUCUUACGUCUUCUACCUCUCUCGUUUCCUCCACUUGCUUCGCACAUUCUUCACAAUACUAAGGCGUCGGAAACUCACAUUCUUUCAGCUCUUCAACCAGUCGAUUCUCAUCUUUAUGUCCUUCCUCUGGCUCGAAUUCUCGCAAUCGUUUCAGGUUUUGGCUAUACUAUCGACCACUCUAGUGUAUUCGGUGGUCUAUGGUUAUCGAUUCUGGACGGCAAUUGGGCUUCCCAGUGCUUGCUUCCCCUUUGUGGUGAAUUGCCAGGUAGUGUUGUUGGGCUGCAACUUGGUGUGGCAUGUUGGGGUUCUUCUGUUACAUUUUCUGAACGGUGGGUGCAAUGGAAUUGGGGCUUGGGUCUUCAAUUCUGUAUUGAAUGGAGCAAUUCUCCUGCUUUUCUUGAACUUCUAUGUGAAGAUGCAUCUCAGGAAGAGAAAGGUCGUUGCCGUUGAAGAUGACCCUUCAACGAGCCAUACAUAUUCUGGCUCUGGCUUGGAAGCCAGAAGAGAGAUGGACCAGAUUGAAGAGAAGGAUCUGUGAUUUUUUUUCUCUUUUCGUUAUUCACCUUCUUUAGAAGUUUACGUGUGAGAGUCUGAAUUGUAACUGUAAUCCCAUCCAUCCAUCGAUUUUGGGGAGAAAUCAAUCAAUUUCCCCCAGUUUUUUUUGUAUAGAAUCUGACAUACAAAAUGUUGAUAUCUUACCUUCAUCAAUCUUCAAGAGAGAAGAUUUUUGAUUUUUUUUUGGGUUGGCCCGGGGAGUGGGGGGGUUUACUUUACUGGGUAUAUGAUAGCCUUUUUCAUGAGCUGUGGCCUGUGGGUUCAUUCCAUCAUUCACCAACUAGAAAUGAUAUUCUAAUGGCAUGUACUAUUA